AUGGAGAGUAUGCUGUGGUUACAAAUACAGCGUGAACUCAGUUUGAGGAAACUAACAGAGGAUUCCAAGUAUCAAGAGGAACUAAAAUAUGACUUCAAUAUAAAAGGGGAACUGAGGCACCUGGAUACAAAUGAGUCCUUUGUUUUCAAUUACUACAAGAAUGGACAUGAGCAGAAUCAUGAACUCUACGAAGUUCUGGGACAUUCUAUUACCCAGUAUGUUUAUGAGCUCCUGGAAAGAGUCUGCAUGUUGCAGAAGGUUUAUAUUCCUACUGAUGCUAUAGAGGAUGAACCAAGAAGCUUCUUUUUCAUGAGCAAGGAUGCAUUAACAAGUUCCUCUAGCCUAAUUAUCUUUCUUCAAGACCAUGGAGCUUUUUGUGCUGGACAGUGGGGGCGAAGGGCAAUUGUCAGUGAGGGCUUGAAACAUGGAACACAAAUACCAUUCAUUAAAACGGCCCUGCAGAACCACUGGGAAGUGAUUGUACUGAACCCCAAUGACAAUUUCACUGAUAUGAACACUGAAAAGGAGAGAUUUUCUGUCAGACAGUCUGCCUGUUCGAUCCCCAAAAGGGCCAGCAGCAGCCCCGAAGAGCACACUGUGUAUGUAUGGGAUCAUUUCAUUGCAAACAGUGCAGCCAGCAAUGUGGCCUUCAUUGCCCAUGGCUAUGGUGGCUUGGUGUUUGUUGAUCUGCUGGUGCAGAGGAAACGUGAGGUGAUGAAUAAAGUGUACUCUGUGGCAUUCAUUGACUCCACACACAACAUACAGCACCAGAGCAGACACGAUCCAGAAAUACAGGAAUGGAUACACAAAAACUGCCGAGAAUGGGUGUCAAACAGCAAACCCCUAAAUAAAACUGUGCACUUUCUCAUGAGAAUAAAUUGUCCUACUUUCUCUGCUGGAACAGAAAAGUAUGGUUUAGCACCCUCCUGCUGCUUACAACCCAUCUUUAAGUACUUGAAGAGCAUGCUGAAAGCCAAGAUCACAACAGCCUUGAGGAAUUCACCUGUUGCAACGAGAAGCAGCACAAGAAAGAAGACAGGCAAUUAA